AUGAACUCUUUGGGUGUGUUUCGUAGAGGCCCGUUCGCCACCUUCGCCCGUCUGGCCCACCACAAGGUCUCCAGCAGCCAGUACCCCAAGGUGAACGUCAACGACGUGGUUCUUGACAAGCCUCGGUUUGGUUUCAGAAAGGAAAGAGCUCCGCUUCUUUCGGCAGACGUCAAGGAGAUUUUCUCCCAGGAGGCUAUCAAGCAAAAGUACAUCGACGCCGGCAAGCCCGUUCCAAUCAAAUACCGUGUAGAUGGAGACAAGAUCGCCAGAAGAAACUUCGACAGUUACCAGGACCUGGUCGCACAGGGUCUUCCCCAUUUCCGCGUGGGAGAGAAGGAGGUCUACCUUCCCAAGGCCACCAUCACGUUGUUGAGACCCAAGGCCAAGUAUACUCCCUACCAAGCCAGUUUCAUUGUGCCCCGUAACUUCAACAAGAUGGACUUGAGAGACUACUUGUGGCAUGUGUACGGGUUGCGUGCGUUGAACGUCACCGUGCAACUUUCGCCUGCUACUUAUGCGCGCCGCACAGAGGAUAACCACCGUUACCGUAGAUCCCAGGUCAAGUACAUGACCAUCGACAUGGAGGAGCCAUUUGUGUGGCCCGAGAUCCCAGAGGAGAGUGUGCUAAAAAGUAUAAAGGAGCGUGAGGGUGACACCAGAUUGCAGAUAUUCAACCUGGCUGUCGGUGCCGAUAAGGAGAAACCCACCGGUGCCUACGAUGGUUUGAUGGACAAGCCUAGAUUGCCUGACAUCUUUGUGUCCAAGGCCAACAAGAAACUGAUGAAAUUGAAGAGCUCUCGUACCAUCGCCAAGGAGGACAAGCAGAGGGAGAGAGAUGAGAUUGCCAAGUACUUGAACUUGUAG